UAGACCGGUCAAAUAUACAUGUACUGGUCUCUCUGCAUGGGAAUUGAGUUAAUGGUUAAAGAUUUCAGCUAUUUUAUUUGUAUAUGCCACAAUAUGUUUAUAUAUAGGUCUGUCCUCUGAGUUUAUGUGACAGACCAACUUUUGCUACUGAGUCCAACACUGAUACCUGCUUCUGCUUUUGAGUGAGUAUCAUCAUCACCAACACCAGCAACAGAAACCAGUGUUUUCCUUUCCUUCUAUCAUUUUCAAGAGUCCUCUCAUAUCUUGAUAACUCAUAUGGCAGCUUUUUCAUACCAAUACCAACAACCCUUUCUUGUUGACUCUACAUACUUCACCAAUAUAAACACUUCUCUUCCUCCUUCUCAUCUUUUUCAUAAUCAUCAAGAACUCUCUCUCAGUAAUCAAGAAACUAGUUGUGUUGAUCAAAACUCUAAGAAUAGCAUAAGUAACAACCAGAGUCCUGAAUCAUCCAUGGUAGUGGACAAUCUUGAAAAGGGUGAACAAGUUACUCAGAAAGCUGUUACUUCUAUGGAGAAGAAAAGAAGAAUCAGAAAUAAGACUUCUUUGACUAAGGAUAUCUCAAAAGAAGAGAAAAGCAAAAAACAAAAGAAGAGUAGUGGUGAAGGGAUGAAAGGAGAGGAAAAGAAAAAAGAAGAGAAGAAGGAUCAAAAGAAAAAUGUUGAAGAAGUUCCAACUGGUUAUAUCCAUGUCAGAGCAAGAAGGGGUCAGGCAACAGAUAGCCACAGCCUUGCUGAAAGGGUGAGAAGAGAGAAAAUAAGUGAAAGAAUGAAGAUAUUGCAGCAACUUGUGCCGGGCUGUGAUAGGGUAACCGGAAAGGCCCUUGUGUUGGAUGAAAUAAUCAAUUAUGUACAGUCCUUACAAAAUCAAGUAGAGUUCUUGUCAAUGAAACUUGCUUCAGUGAAUCCAAUCUUCUUUGACUUUGCAAUGGACCUAGACACACUCUUGGUUAGACCAGAUCAUCAGAGGUUAAAUAGCAUAACAUCACCAUCAACACCAAUACCACAUGUAUCAUUAUGCAGCUCCAACCAUGCCACACCUUUUGCUGACACAAUUACCACAAGCUUCCAUCCUGCUAAUAAUGACUAUGUUUUGGAUUAUCCAACUUCAAUUUUUCUUCAAGGGCAGAGGUCAAAUACCUUCUUUGAGCACACUGAUGGACCAUUUUGGGACGUAGAAGACCAACGACAAAAGCUUCUUAAUCCAUAUGGAUUCGGCAACAACACAUGUUCCUUAAAUUAAUAUCAAUUUCACAUAUCUGCCCUACAAGUCUACAAACAUGUUGUUUAAUCUUUUCUAGUAUAGAUAGAAGGAAAUUCCAAACAAGUAGCAGAAUGAGUGAAAAGAAGAAGGGUGUUAUGUUAUGCAGGAAUAAAUAAAUAAAAUGAUCGAUGGUUUGAAUGAAGGGAUUCUAUCUGUUCUAUGGCAUGGUUCCUAGUCCACCAAAUUAAAGUAACAUAUGAACAUGAUGAAUAAAGUGUAGCAAAAUUAAUGGAUGAGGAAGCCAAAAGGACAGAAAAUGCCGACAAAAUAAGACCAUAUCUUUUUCUAGAUCCUUUUGUUCUAAUAAUAAUAUUUGACUCUAAAGUCUUAUUCUGUUGCACAAAUUUCAAGACACUCUGAAUAUGAAUGAAUCCUAGAGAUAUCAUAUCAGGUGGAGGACAUUGAAAUUUAUGUAAUAUCAUAUGUAAAUUAUUAGUAACAAGAUUAAUUCUUGUGUUGUGGUGGUGGUGGUGACAGUUAUUCUGUUGAGACAGUUAAUUUUCUCACGGUUAUUGAGAAAUGAUUAAUGGCUGAUGCAACUCAACAGUAUUUUGACUAGACAUGCCAUGCAAUUUUUUUGGUUUAGUUAACUUCAUGUAUAUUUGCAGAAUCUUCAGAGUUUUGGAAUUAUUAUGGACUUUUCUUUUAUUUA